AUGGAUACAGACUAUCAUCUUUGUCUGAAACUUCUAAUAAUAGGCAAGCGAGAAGUCACUCUUGUCCGCGCUGAGGAGCCCUUUCCGACGCGCAGAGAACUCCAGGUUCAGCUUCACCGUCAAAUUUUCCUCAAGAAUCUUCACGGCUCCUCGAGUCCGCACUUACACGUUUCCCCCGCUUCCUACGCCUCUGGCUCUUCCCACGUCACCGCGGAUUCAAUCAAAUCCAUGGGACGAGGCCACCAGACGCAUCACUCUUCCUCUUCCACCUCCCAGGCUCACUCCUCCUCCUCUCCUACCACCGAAACCACCACUCAUCUCUCCCCGGCGGAGCAGGGAAAGCACCUUCCGCCUGCGGGGGAAACUCGCAACCAGUCGCACCAGCAAGCGUGCUCCGCGCAGCAGCCGUCGCAGCCGCAGGGGAUGGCGUUUACGGGCGGUAUUGGAAACGGAGUUGUUGCCGUCCCGCAAGGUUCUUCCACUCCCCAUCCGCUGCCUCUCUCCGCGCCCUUCCAUCCCACCACUGCUGCUGCUGCGGCUGCUGCAUCCGAGGCAGCGAGUGACGUCAGAGCCGCGGAGACCCCGCAUCACAACGGCGUGGCGGCGUGUGCGGCGGGCAAAGCGGUGACGGCGCAGCGAGCGCAGUCGAACAAACGAGCGGCCAUCGCGCUCGAGGGGGACGGGGGAGGUGGGGAGUUCCUGCAAGGAACGCCCGCGUCCGCGACUCAUGAGAUGGGUCUUUCCGCCGAUUGUGAUUCCGCCACCGGCGCCACUGCUCCCCCAGCAGCUGCUGUGGGCAGCGGAAUGGGAAGUGGGGGCGGCGGAGCAGGUGUUGGCGGAAGCGGAGGCAGUGCUGUGGGCAGUUCUGUGGGGAGUGCUGUGGGGAGUGCGUCAGGUAACCAGCUGGGGAGUGCUGUGGGGAGUGCUGUGGGGAGUGCGGCAGGCGCUGGUAACCAGCUGUCCCUCCCCUUUGCGCCUGUUCUCACAACGCCUGCUUCCGCUGCCGCUGCUGCCGCUGCUGCCGCUGCUGCUGCUGCUGCUGGUACUGGCUCCUCCGCUGCUGCUCCUUCUGCGCUUGCUGCAGCCCCGACAGCAGCAGCAGCAGCGGCGGCGGCGGCAGCAACAGCAGGCACAAGUGGUGCAGCGUCAGGCAACAUUAAGGGAGAGAGUGACAGGCGGGGCGACGUGGGCAGCGGUGCAGGUGGGGAGGACGAGCGGGCGGCGGCGCGGGUGGAGGAGGUGGAAGAGGUAUCAGAGGAAGAGGCGAACAGGGCGCUGAGCGAGGCGGUGAAGGUGGGGCAGUAUGGGCCGCUGUUUGCUGCGCUGCGGCGGUGUGGGGGCAGUGCGAGCAGUGCUGUGCUGGACAGGUCGUGUGCGUGGCUCAUGGGCAAGAAGAGAGCGCUCAAGGCCAUUACCACCUCUGAAGCCUCGGCUAUUUUCCAUGUGGUGGCGGCGCGCACAUCGCCCAUAAUGGAGGAUUUCAAGGACUGGCUCGCGUUCAAAGCAGAGCCAGCAGCCGUCGAGAAGCUCAUGCACUCACGGGCCUCACAGCGGGACACAUGUCAGCUCGCCUCCUCGUCAUCAUCGUCAUUAUCAUCCACGUCUCUGGCCCUUCAACCCGCGCCCUUCCCCUGCGCUACACCUACACGCCCUACCAAUUCCACCUCCACACUGCCCUCUAACACCGUGUCUGAAGCCAAGGCGGCAGCGACAGCAGCACUGCAAGCAGCAUUAGAGUCACGAGAUAUAGCCCGCAUGGUGGAGGCUCUGAGAUGCCACCGCAGCAAGGCUACUCCCAAGGCCGCUGGAGAAAGCAGAGGGCGGGGGAAAGGAGUUGUGGCUACGGGAGGGGAAGCAGCAGCGGGAGGAGGAGGAGACGCGGGAGGGACAGUGGCGGAACGAGGGGGGAAGAUGGAUGGCCCUUUUGCAGCUUCUGCUGGUGAGUGUGGUGGGCUUGGAUGCAUCGUCCAUCCCAACAACAGCCAUGCCAAUCCUUAA